AUGAGAACGAAACAAUUGCGUGCUCCCCUCCAUGAUGAAUUUGAAAUACCAAACAUUGCACAUAUUACUCGUGGUUUUGCAGUUAAAUCAAUGCGCCCUCCAAAUUUGAUCAAAGCUCCUUUUGAAAUACCAGAAAUAACAAAAUUCGCUAAUUAUCAAGAUCAAUUUCAAGAUGCAAUCACUCAUUGCUUAACUUUAGAUCAAGUUGGCUUCCAAGUACAAAAAAUUGCUCGCAUUUCUCAAAGUUUAUCUUUAUCCAAAGAUUGUGCCGAAGCUCAUGAAUUUAUUUCAAAGCAAAUCAUAGAAUUCGCAAAGUCAAUACCUACAGAAAUAAGUAACUGCAGAACAUACGAAGAGAUCGGUCAAUUUUGGGAAAAAAUUCAAUCAAAACUUUCAAUCACAACUCUUUCGUUUUCAUACUUGUGUGUGAAGUCCUUAGGUCUUCGUACAUACCGUGACAUAUUCCUGGAAGCUCUGCGUAACGAAUACACUCAAAAUCACGAAUUAUUCGAAACUGUCGCUAAUAUCAUCAUAGAAGCAUACAACGAAUCUAGAAACGAUUGCAGUUCCGAAAAGCUCAAGAUACACUUCAUUUUCCUUAACGAUACCGGUCUUUUUGAUACAUUAUUCAUUGAAAUGUUAAUUAACUCAGUUUUAUCGAUAAUUACGCCAGUAAUCAAAGAAUCCCUUAAUAAUGGAAUAUCCUCGUACCUACAUCAAGCUCAAGAAUUGAGUAUUCGUGAAGAAAAACUUGCAUCUCCACUUUUGACACAAACUCAGCUCAGAAAACUCACUUCGAGUGUCAAUACCGCCAUAUUUACCUCCAAUCUCAACAAUUUUGUUGCUGGUGGCCUCCACGAAUUAGUUACAAACAACGAUAAAGAAUCAAUUUCGAUUUGCGCUCAUUUCUCAACAGCAACGAACACUACAUCGACAUUUACUCAAGAUCUAGCUCGUGUUUUCGAGGAAGAAGUCUCCAAAUGCUUCGAAAAAGAAGAUCCAAUUCCAGAUAUCAUAAAUCUCUACAAAGCUCUUUCUUCUUUCAAUGCCGCAGCAUUCGGAACAAGUAGUGCGAGAGUUCUUACGAGCGGAUUUGAACGUGGCUUCAAAGUUGACGAUGAAAAUACUGCAAGAAAACUUGAAUUAUCAAUUCACAAGUGUUUUCCACUCCAAGUAUGCGAUAUUUCACCAUACUAUGGCUUGUUUAAGAUGUUGAGAUGCAAAGAUACCUUCCAAAGCUAUCAUUCCUUGUAUUUAAACAGAAGAUCUCUCGAAUGCAAGCCAGAACAGCUUGAAAACGACAAGAAGUUCGCUGAUAACCUUAGAGAAAGUUGCGGUACAAGGUAUACAGAGCCAAUUGACCAGACUUUCGCUGAUAUUAAUUUAUCUUCUUCUCUGAAAAAGAAAUUUUUCGGAAAAAUACCAAACUCCCCUGUAAAAUCAAUUUUCUCCCCCUUGAUUUUGAAGAGGGAACAAUGGCCCACAAUAGAACCAAUAACAGGCAUUGUUCCUGCCGACAUCAAACAAUGCAUGGAUGACUUUGAAACUUAUUUCAAAGUGGAAUGUCGUGGAAAAUCCAUACAAUGGACGAUGCAAUUGACAAAAGUAUCAUUAGAGUGCAAAGGCUUCUCUAAUUUAACGGAAUUGACAUGCUCUGGUGUUGUUGCAUUAGUGUUGCUUUCUAUUGCUAGUGGAAACGACUCUGUUGAAAAGAUUAUUGAAAAUACUAAAUUAACUGAGAAAGAUAUUCAGAAUGCCAUUGCUAAGAUGUCUCAGAGGAAGAAUGGAAAGGUCCUUUUGAAGCCUUUGGCCCUCAAUCCUGAAGCUAGUGUCGAAGGAGGAAAAUUAGAUGUAUUUUAUUAUGUUCCUGCCACUACAUCGUCCUCUGCAAAGAUUCCUGUUAAUUAUGAUAAGCAGAUAGAGGCUGCAAUCAUGAAAAUCCUCAAAGAAAAGCAAACUCUUGAAAAAGAAGAAUUAAAGGGAGAAGUUUCCAAAUAUCUUCCAUUCAAGUUUGAAGAUAAAGACUUUGACUUAAGAAUUAAGGCUUUGGAUGCUCAAGCUUAUAUCAAAGUCGAUCCUUCUGGAAAAAUACAUUAUAUUCCAUAA